AUGAGUCAAUUAGUUAUACCAUUUAAACCAAAAUCCAACACAAAUGAUCCUGCCUCAAUAAAGAAAAAGGAGUUAACGGAAUUGGGUGAAAAUAUAGUAAAUGAUUUAGGAAAAACAGUUAAAUCAUUAGUCAAAAAUUCAAACCUUCACGACAAUAUGUUAUUAAUUUCAAAAUCAUUUGCAGCUCAUGAAGGUAACAUUUCACAAACUGACGAGAUGGUAAAACAAAUGCAACAAUUAUCACAAGAAUUAAUGAAUCAAGUUAAAUUCUUAGAAAAUAGUUUACAACAAAUUGAACCUUUAAAUCAAAAAGUAACAGAUAUAACGAAUUCGAUACAUACUGCUGUACCAUCAUCCCAACCACAUCUUUAA